AUGGCGGAGCCGAGCGGCUCGCCCGUGCACGUCCAGCAGCCCCAGCAGGCGGCCCCGGUGACAGCGGCGGCCCCGGCGACAGCGACAGCAGCGCCGGCUCCGGUGGCUCCCGUGGCCACGGCUCCGGCCGCGCAGUCGAUCGGCUGGCCCAUCUGCAGGGACGCGUACGAGCUGCAGGAGGUUAUCGGCAGUGGCGCUACAGCUGUGGUUCAGGCUGCUCUGUGCAAACCCAGGCAAGAACGCGUAGCAAUAAAGCGGAUCAACUUGGAAAAAUGCCAGACCAGCAUGGACGAACUAUUAAAAGAAAUUCAAGCCAUGAGUCAGUGCAGCCAUCCCAACGUAGUGACCUAUUACACCUCUUUUGUGGUAAAAGACGAACUUUGGCUGGUCAUGAAAUUACUAAGUGGAGGUUCAAUGUUGGAUAUCAUAAAAUACAUCGUCAAUCGAGGAGAACACAAGAAUGGAGUUCUGGAAGAGGCAAUAAUAGCAACAAUUCUUAAAGAAGUCUUGGAAGGCUUAGACUAUCUACACAGAAAUGGUCAGAUUCACAGGGAUUUGAAAGCUGGUAAUAUUCUUCUGGGUGAAGAUGGUUCAGUACAAAUAGCAGAUUUUGGGGUAAGUGCUUUCUUAGCGACAGGGGGUGAUGUUACCCGGAAUAAAGUAAGAAAAACAUUCGUUGGCACCCCAUGUUGGAUGGCUCCUGAAGUCAUGGAACAGGUGAGAGGCUAUGACUUCAAGGCUGACAUGUGGAGUUUUGGAAUAACUGCCAUCGAACUAGCCACAGGAGCAGCGCCUUAUCACAAGUAUCCUCCUAUGAAAGUGUUGAUGUUGACUUUGCAAAAUGAUCCACCCACUUUGGAAACGGGAGUAGAGGAUAAGGAGAUGAUGAAAAAGUAUGGCAAGUCCUUUAGAAAGUUACUUUCACUGUGUCUUCAGAAGGAUCCCUCCAAAAGGCCCACAGCAGCAGAACUUUUAAAAUGCAAAUUCUUCCAGAAAGCCAAGAACAGAGAGUACCUGAUUGAAAAGCUGCUUACAAGAACACCAGACAUAGCCCAAAGAGCCAAAAAGGUGAGACGAGUUCCAGGGUCAAGCGGUCACCUCCAUAAAACCGAAGACGGUGACUGGGAGUGGAGCGACGACGAGAUGGAUGAGAAAAGUGAAGAAGGGAAAGCAGCCUUUUCUCAAGAAAAGUCACGAAGAGUAAAAGAAGAAAAUCCAGAGAUGGUGGUGAACGCCAGCAGCAUCCCCGAGCAGAUACAGUCCCUUUCUGUGCAGGACUCACAGGGCUUACCCAAAGCUAGUGAAGACUACAGAGAAGCCUCUUGUGCUGUAAACCUCGUUUUAAGAUUAAGAAACUCCAGGAAGGAACUUAAUGACAUACGAUUUGAGUUUACUCCAGGAAGAGAUACUGCAGACGGCGUUUCUCAGGAGCUCUUCUCUGCUGGCUUGGUUGAUGGGCAUGAUGUAGUUAUAGUGGCUGCUAAUUUACAGAAGAUUGUAGAUGAUCCCAAAGCUUUAAAAACAUUGACAUUUAAGUUGGCUUCUGGCUGUGAUGGGUCGGAGAUUCCCGACGAAGUGAAGCUGAUCGGGUUUGCUCAGCUGAGUGUCAGCUGA